AACAGAUUGUACUUCCUGUUCCGGUUUAUACCGAUUGAUAGUUCAUCGGCAAGGACAAGAGGGUCAUAACAGUCUCAAAAUCAUGCUUCGGCUUACGCAAAGAUUGUCGUCCACUUUACAGUGUGUCUCCCGGUGUGCUUUACUGCAAAACCCCGCAGCUGCUGCUGUGGCAGUGCGUCAGAAGCAUGGCAAAGUGGAGAGUGACGAGGCAUUUGAUGCUAGAUAUGAAAGUUUUUUCAACCGAUCCGAUAUUGAUGGCUGGGAGAUCAGGAAAGCCAUGAAUGACCUACAGGGUGAAGAUCUGGUGCCAGAACCAAAAAUUAUCAUUGCUGCUAUGAAAGCCUGCCGACGUGUGAAUGACUAUGCCCUUGCUGUCAGGUAUCUGGAGGCUAUUCAGGACAAAUGUGGUGGUCGCGUGAAGGAAGUGUGGCCAUACAUCAAGCAGGAAAUCAAACCUACACUAGAUGAGCUAGGCAUACUCACUCCUGAAGAGAUGGGUUAUGAUAGACCUGAGCUGGCUCUCAAGGAUGUAUAUGAUAUGUAGACAUGAUCUAUAAUUCCCCAAGAUCAAGAAGAGUAGACAACCUAAUAGUUGUGAGAAAGCAAGUUUUCUCCUGACCAGUUUGACAUCUUAAGAUAACAGAUAUGAAUGAUAACGAAGUGUUGCAGACUUUUAUUUUGUAAAUAAGGUCAUUGAAAUUGAAUUGCACAUUAAAAGUACCGUGUGAGUUCUUG